AUGUCUGACACCGGUCGCAAGGAUUUCUCUACUAAGGCCAAGGAGGAGAUCACUCCUGACUCCACCAAGUCCACCCAGGACAAGGUCAAGGAGACUGUCACCGACACCACUGACCGUCUCGCUCGCGGCGCCCAAACCGACGACAGCAAGAGUGGUCCUCAGGAGGCCUUCGACAAGACCCAGCGUACCCAUGACAAUGAGGCUUACGGCGGUGCCACCAGCUCUGUGGGUGAUAAGGUCAAGAAUGCCCUCGGCAUGAACAAGUAA